CAUGAUGAAUGCACAGCCAAUGAUGAUGCAGCCGGGAAUGCAACCGGUCCCAGGUGGAGGAGUUCAAUGGAUGCCCCAGCCUGCCGUCCCACAAGGUUGUCCCCCGGGACUGGAGUAUCUGAGUAUGAUAGACCAGCUUCUAGUUCACCAGCAGGUGGAGAUACUGGAGGCCUUCACUGAUUAUGAAACCAACAACAAAUACGAAGUCAAGAACAGCAUGGGACAGAGGGUGUAUUUCGCCGCUGAAGACACGUGUUGCUGUACGCGUAACUGCUGUGGUAAAGAGAGACCGUUUGACAUUCAGAUCAUGACUCCCCAAGGUCACGAGGUUAUUCACCUGUCACGCCCACUUCGCUGUGAUACUUGCUGGUUCCCUUGUUGUUUACAGGAAGUGACGGUAGAGGCUCCAGUAGGGCAAGUCAUAGGCUAUGUCAAACAAUCCUGGAGUGUCUGUGUGCCAAAAUUCGCCAUUUGCAACGCGGAGGGCGACACCGUAUUGAGAAUUGAGGGCCCCUGCGUCCCUUGCAGCGCCUGUGGUGACGUCAUUUUUGACGUAAAAUCCGCGGACGGUGAACGCCAGGUUGGCCAGGUCUCCAAGCAAUGGUCGGGACUUGUAAAGGAGUUGUUUACAGACGCUGAUAAUUUUGGUGUUUCAUUCCCCAUGGAUCUGGACGUCAAGAUGAAAGCUUGCAUGCUGGGAGCUGUGUUCCUCAUUGAUUUCAUGUUCUUUGAAAAGGAAAAAAAUGAGGAGAAUACACAAAUCGGCAUGAUGUAAACGGCCUGUCUAAAACCAAUGUUGGCAUGAUACAAACAGCCUGGUUAUUGCCAAGUCUACAAGAUAUAUUUUGAGAGCCAGUGUGACUUAAAAGUUUUCAUUUUUUAACUGAAAUUUCUUUUGUAAAUAAUGUUAAAUAUUUUAAUAUGAAUUAUGAUUUCACAUUUAUAUAUCGGACACAGUCAAAAUGGACUUUUUUAUAUUCAUGUAUAUGUUUUUAUAUACGCAGUAUUUUAACCGGUUACGGAUUUUUUAUAUAGAACUACAGACAUAGGACAAGGUUGAAAUGUUAUUUGAUGACGUCUGAAAAGUAAAAUCAACCGAGGUACAUCUUCAGAAGGUUUGCAUAAUCACCAAAUUGUUCAAAAGCAAAUAAAUAUAAUUCAUUUGGGAAAUACAUGUAUAUACACUCAAAAUAUGAAAUGCAUAUGUACCAAUUAUUGGUAUAUGCAUUUCAUAUCUUGAGUGGUACAUAUGCAUUUCAUAAUUUGAGUGCAUAUGUCCCCCAAGGCAACACUUAAAGGGAUAAUAACUCUUCGUAUGAAAUCUGUAUUUCACAAUAAAAACAUUGUG